AUGGAACCAAAGAGUACUAUGAAUAAAUCACUUUCCGAGUCUAACAUCUCCGAACUGACGGACGAAGUGAUUACCUGCGCAACGCUGACGGAUGAGCUUUCUCCCACGAACUUUGUGAGUCGGCGAGUGAAAAGAAAAGCUACCGACAACCUGGACUGCGAACUUAGCAACUUCAAAGAGGAAAUUAGGUCCAUGAUCUCGAUAAUGCUGACAGCUCAAGAAAAGCAAAUUAAUAAAAUCACCCCAGUCUUAAAUGACAUUAAGGAAGCUAACGCUAACAUUGAAAAAUCAAUGGCUUUUCUAGCUUCCCAAAACGAAGAGCUAAAAAAGAAACUAGACGCAUACGAACUUCAAUCCAAGAAAGAUAAAGAAUAUAUAACCAUAUUGGAAGACAAGGUUGAAGAUCUGCAAAGAGAAAAUAGAAAAUCCAACAUACAAAUUAAGAACGUCCCGAAAGUUGCUAACGAAAAUGAACAGGAACUGAUGAACAUGGUGGUAAAAUUAUCGGAGAAUGUAGGCCACACCAUUACAGGAGCAGAUAUCAAAGAUAUCUACAGGCUGAAAAAUAAAAAAGUGGAGAACAAUGGCCCAAUUGUAGUAGAACUAUCGUCUACCAUCCUAAAGAAGGACUUUUUAAAGUCAGUGAAGACAUAUAACAUUAGGCACAAGGAGAAACUCUGCGCCAGGCACUUGGGUCACACAAAAAAUGAGUACACUCCAAUAUACGUCUCUGAGCAACUGACCGCCAAGGCAGCCCGACUUCACUUUGUCGCUCGAGACCUGAUAAAAUCGACAGAUUACAAAUAUUGCUGGACGUCCCAUGGCCGAGUUUACAUCAGAAGGAGUGAAGACACGCCAGUAAUCCUGGUGAGAAGUGAACAACAGGUACAAAACCUGUUACUGGCAAAAUGA